AUGUUCUUAUCAUUUAAAGCUUUUUUUGAUUCAAAUUCCUUGAUGUUAAAUACUGGAUUAGCAAGUGUUUAUACUGUCACAGUUACAUCAGAAUCCUUACCAGCUGAUUUAGUCACACUAGAGAAUCCUGGUAGACAGUACACAGUUAGUGACACCGCAUGUGUUAACAAGGUGGAAGAGCAGGAGACUAGUUAUUUAUACAACACUGGGGCUGGUGCGUUGGCGUUUUUUAUUUGUCUGAUCAUCGCUUUAGUUCUAGUGGCCCUGUUUUUCUUAAUCUGGAUCAAAGUGUUGAAGAAGACUCCUCCAUUUAGUGUAGUGGAACCAGACAUGAAAGCAAGCAAACAUGGGCAGGGACGUGGGUUGAUCAUGAAUGCUAAAGACGCCAUGAAGACCGGCUUCAAUGCUAUCAAAGAAUACAGUAUCAUUGCUAUAGAUGAAAGUAUAGUGUACAUAUUGACUCUCAAAGACAAACUGAGUAUAUACAGAGAAUUGGAUAAUUUGGAUGUGCUAGCCACCAUUACUGUUGACAUAGAGUUAGAAAUCCAAAGAAUUGACAUGAUGAUAGAAUCAGUCUUGUACCUAGUGCAGAGUUUACGGAUGAACAAGGACAUCACCAAACAGGUUGAAGACAAAUGCAUCAGUAAAUUCCAAAGAAACAUCAAAGAUUUGAAUAAAAAGCUGAAUGAUGAAUAUCGAUUGGAAUCGGCUACGCUGAUCAAACGAUUGAGUUCACAGAAUAAGGGUAAACUUUAUCAAUUACACAAAAAGCAUGAAGUGGAAAAAGAAGAAGCAAAAGAUAAAACUAAAGGAAUGACUGAUGAUGAACGCAAAGAUUUAAUGGAUUUAAUAGAUAAACAGCAUCAAGCAGAGGAGAACGAAUUGACUCAUUUACUUAAACUGGAGCAGGAUGAAGAACAGGAAAAACUUCGAAAGGAAUUUGCAAUUCGAAAACGGAUGGCAGUGAAAGCGAUCCAACAUCAACUACUGGAUGAUGUCAAAACUGAAGGCAACCUUACAGAAGAGCAAGCUGAUUGGUUGAUGAAACAGCACAAGAAAAACAUGAACACGCUUGAGAAAUUCAUGGAUGAUGAAAUUUCCAGACAGCGUAUGUUGCUAGAUGAGAAGUUAGCAAGGAGAAGAGCAUUGGCUGAAUCUAAGGAAGAUCAAGAAGACUACCACAGAGAUGUGCUGAAUACCAUGGCAACUCAGCAGAUGGGAAUGGUACAGACUUUAGCAAAAAAUGAGAGACUGACUGAAGCACAAGCUGAGGAAAUGCUGGCGAGGAUUCAGAAAGACCUUCUGGCGUUGAAGAAGAAAUUUGACAAUGAGCAAACCCGGCAGGAUGAGGCAUUACAUAAACGAUUAAGCGAACUGAAAAAAAGGAGAAUUGAACAGAAGGAGCGUGAGCACAAACAAGAACUUGCGGAUUUGGAAAAGAAACAGAAAAUUAAAUCUCAAAACGGUAAUGUUGAUCCGCAAGGCUACAUUGAAGCCAAAGAACAUCUCUUAUCCCAACAGCGUGGUGAAUUGAACGACCUGGAAAACCAACUCGAUGAAGAUGCCGCUAAAGAAUUGGAGCAAGUCAGGGCACAGCACGUCAAGAAAGUACAGCAUGAUAUUAAGAAUAGUAGCGAUAAACUAUGUAAAGAACUUGGAAACAAAGCUGGUCUAGAUGAAGAGAUGAAAAAUGAAAUCAUGGCUCAACACGAACGAGAUCUUGAGAAAUUACUUGAGACUAGAGAAGAAGAAAGAUCUAAGCAUGAAAGAAUUCUGAAGAAACGUUUAGCGAAGAACAGAAAGGAGUGGGCUAAAAGAAAAGAAGUUGAGAAAGAAGAGCAACAGAAGAUCAGAGAACACGAAGAGCAGAUGGUGGGACGAUUGAUGGCAACGCAAGUUGUAAUGUCAAAUGCGGACAGAGACAAGAUACUCCAAGAACACGAAAAACAACUAGUAAAACUUGAGAAUAGUCUUACAUUAAAUAAACUGAGACAGAAGCGCAAAUUGGAGGAGAAGAUGUCGGCGAAGAAAGCUAAACAACUUGAGAAGCUUGAGAAAAGACAGCAUCAGGAGUCUCAGCUCGGCGUUCCGCGUUUCUCAGCAGCACGCAGAGCCCAUGAAAAUACGUGGUACAGUGGUGCUCGUCUUAGCAACGUGGAACGUCUUAUGAUGUAG